CAAUGUGUUUAUUUUCAAACACUUUUGAUUCAUUCAUGAUUUUUUUUUAUUCAAUGGUUUUCAAUUUUAAUAAUUAAUCAUUCUAAAAAAAUAUGAAUCAUUCGAAUAAAAAUAAGCGUAAUUUAGAUCUUGAUCAACAUUCCAAUGACAAAAGCGAUGAUCCUGUUAAACGAUCAAAGCAGAAUGAAGAUGAUCGUGAAAUUGUAGAAAAUUUGUCCGAUUCAGAGAAAAACGAAAUCGAUGAAGAUGAUUAUGAUGAAAACAAUGAAGAUGAAGAAUUAAGUGAUAAAGAAAUAUCCAUUGAAUUUACUGCUCAUGAUCCAAUCGAACGUGAUUUUCAUGGUAUUCGAUGUCUGUUACAACAGUUAUGGCUAAAGGAGAAUAUAGACAUUUCUGAAUUGACCGAGUUAGUCAUGAAAGAUACGAUCACUACCGUCAUAAAGCAAUCGAUUGACGAAGACGAGCAACCCGACGAAGAUGAACAAAAUAAUGAUGAUGAAGAUGAUGACAACGUAUUUGGUGUCAUUUCAAUCAUACCAUUUAAUAGCCAUUUUAAUGAAAAGAAUUGUGUACAGCAAAUCAAAAAUUUAUUAUCGUCAUAUUUACCUAAAGACAACGACAUUUCUCGUAAACUAAACCAUUCAGAUGCUAAAUGUGCUUUAAUUAUAAACGAACGAUUCGUUAAUCUACCAUCACAAAUAUCUGUUCCUUGUUAUCAACAACUAUUAGCCGAAUUGAAACAACAAACAACAUCAAGCAAAUUCGAAUUCGAUCAUAUUAUUAUGAUUUCGAAACUUUCGAAGAAUCAAAAUGAUUUAUUCUAUACUAAUGAUGAAGAUGAAAUCUUUAGUGAACGAGCCGAAACUCAAUUCGAAUAUUCCGUAUCCAAGCAAUCGGAUACUCAUUCAAUAGAUUGGAAUGAUGAUGAAAAAACAUUCGAACCAUAUCGUAAGCUGCUUCUAUUAACCAAAGAACGAUGGAUUGAAACUAUAAAUUUUCUAAAGAAUUUAUUCUAAAUUUUUAUAUAGAAAAUCUUUUCCGUAAUAUUGAUAUAUCGAUUCCUUAAUGAUUAUCCACCUAAUAAUGUUCUAAAAUCACACAAUAAAUGUUUAA